UAUGUUUAACGUAGAAUAUGGAAAUGUCCUUGACUUAUUCAAUUGUUCUCUCCCUUGUUCUGAUCACCUUCUUCACUUGCGCAUGGAAAUUACUGAGUUUGUUUUGGCUGAAGCCGAAGAAGCUAGAAAAAUGUCUUAGACAACAAGGUCUAAAUGGAACUGCUUACGGGCUUUUGUUUCAAGAUCUGAGAGACAUCAUCAGAAUGACCAAGCAAGCUCAAUCUCAACCCAUUACUCCUUUCUCCGAUGACAUCGUGCCUCGCGUUCUCCCUUUCUAUCAUCACUCCAUCAAGAAAUACGGGAAGCUUUGCUUUACAUGGUUAGGGCCAGUGCCUGUGCUGAACAUCAUGGACUCAGACAUGUUGAAGGAAAUAUUUUCACGGGUCAAUGAUUUUGAAAAGCCACAUCCCAAGGCCAUUGCAGAUAUCUUGACAUCGGGGCUCCUGAAUAUUGAGGGGGAGAAAUGGGCCAAACAUAGAAAGAUCAUCAACCCGGCUUUUCAUUAUGAAAGGUUGAAGCAUGUAGUGACAGCAUCAUGUUCAAGUGGGGAGGAGAUGAUUAGGAUAUGGGAGAAGGAAAGUUUGGCUGGUGAAGUGGACGUGUGGCCUCACCUGCAGCAUUUGACGGGUGAUGUACUCUGUAGAGCUGCUUUUGGUAGUACCUACGACCAAGUCAGGGGCAUCGUCCUCCUUCAACAAGAACAAUUUGGGCUCGCAAACAAAAUUCAGCAGACCGCAUUUAUCCCUGCGUGGAACCUCUUGCCGACCAAACUGCACAAGAGGAUGAAAGAAAUCGACCGUAAAGUAAAAGGAUUGUUGGAAGACGUAGUGACCAAAAGAGAGAAGGCAAUGAAGGAAGGAGAAGUAGAUGACGAUGAUCUCUUGGGACUGUUGCUAAAAUCAAACAUGAAAGAAAUUCAAGAAUCAGGGCAUCAAAAGGGUAUGAGCAUAGAGGAUGUGAUUCAAGAGUGCAAAGCGUUCAACAUAGCGGCUCAGGCGGCCUCUAUUUUGCUUACUUGGACUCUGAUUUUGUUGAGCAAGUACCAAAGCUGGCAAGACAGAGCAAGAGAGGAAAUUCUGCGAGUUUUCGGCAACAAAAAACCUGAUUUUGAUGGGUUGAGCCGACUGAAAAUUGUAAGCAUGAUACUGAACGAGGUGCUUCGGCUAUAUCCGCCUGCAUUUAUGACAGCGAGAACAGUUCACAAGACAACCAAGUUGGGAGAUAUACAAAUACCUCCAGAAGUUCUGCUUUUUUUGCCCAUUAUCCUGAUCCACCAAGAUUCAGAGAUUUGGGGGGAUGAUGCCAAAGAGUUCAAUCCGGAGAGAUUUUCCGAGGGAGUCUCAAAAGCAACCAAGAACAAGCUCUGUUUUUUCCCUUUCAGUUGGGGUCCUAGAACUUGCAUUGGCCAAAACUUUGCUUUCCUCGAAGUCAAAGUUGCUCUGACCUUGAUUUUGCAGAACUUCUCAGUGCAGCUAUCUCCUUCUUACAAGCACGCCCCUAUUCCUGUGCUCACUCUUCAUCCCCAACAUGGAGUCCCCUUGAUAUUGACUAGAAUCGGAUCGAACCCCUCAAUUCGUAUUUGAUAAGAUAUUGUGCUCUUGUUUGCUUCGUCACGGGCAUAUUGUUCUGUUUCUUGAGAAUAAAGGAAAAGUCAA